GAGCCAGUUCCUUGUGGCAGGCGGGGGGAGAGGCAGGGUGGGAAGGCUGCCUGAGCACACGCCGGCCAGCUGGGACCUCCACAGCUGUCCCUGGAAGGAGUGCCUGGAAGGAGUGCCGGAGGAAGCCCAUUGACUCACAGUACACGGAGCAUCCUGUGGCAGACUUGGAAGGAAGAGCCAGGCAGCAGGCCAUGCAUGUCAGACACUUCUUCCAUGCCCUGGCAGCCUGGUGGCUCUGUGGGACUCUCUUGGCCAGCUGUGAGGACACCAAGACCAACAUGCCCCGACUCCGCCUGUCUUACAAAGAUCUCUUGGCUGCUAACCGAUCAAGUGUGUUCUUUGGCCACCGGGGGUUCCUGGAUUUCCGCUCCCUGUACCUGGAUGAAUACCGUGAUCGGCUCUUCAUUGGUGGAAAAGAUGCACUGUACUCCCUGCGCCUGGAUCAGAGCAGCACAGAUGCCAAGGAGAUUUACUGGCCACCUCUCCCUGGGCAGAAGGAGGAAUGUGUUCGGAAGGGGAAGGACCCAAUGACUGAAUGUGCCAACUACAUCCGCACUCUUCAUCCUUUCAACCGGACACACCUGCUUGCCUGUGGCACAGGAGCCUUCCACCCAGUCUGUGCCUUCAUCUAUGUGGGACAUCGCGGGGAGCACAUGUUAAGCCUGGAUCCCACAAGUGUGGAGAAUGGGCGAGGCAAGUGUCCACAUGAGCCCAACAGGGCAUUUGCAAGCACCUUUACAGGUGGAGAGCUGUAUACAGGUCUCACGGCAGACUUCCUGGGCCGGGACUCGGUGAUCUUCCGCAGCACGGGGACCCGCUCUGCUCUGCGCACUGAGAUGGAUCAGCAGCUGCUCAAUGACCCAAAGUUUGUGGCUGCCUACUUGAUCCCUGACAAUGAUGACCGGGACAAUGACAAGGUCUACUUCUUCUUCACCGAGAAGGUGGCAGAGUCGGAUGGCAAAGGCCGUGCCAUCUUUAGCCGCAUUGGGCGAGUCUGUGUGAAUGAUGCAGGGGGCCAGAGAGUCCUGGUCAACAAGUGGAGCACCUUCAACAAAGCCCGGCUGGUGUGCUCUGUUCCAGGUCCUGACGGGAUAGACACCUACUUUGACGAUCUGGAGGACAUCUUCCUACUGUGGACCAAAGAGGGGAAGAGCCCAGAGAUCUAUGCUCUCUUCAGCACCAUCAGCAAUGUGUUCCAAGGCUUCGCCAUCUGUGUGUAUCGCAUGGCAGACAUCUGGGAGGUCUUCAAUGGGCCCUUUGCCCAUAAGGAUGGCCCUGAUCAUCAGUGGGCUGCCUAUGAGGGCAAGGUGCCAUACCCCAGGCCUGGAGUUUGUCCCAGCAAGACCACCAACCAGCCCCGCCGGCAGUAUGGCACCACCAAGGACUACCCUGAUGAGGUGCUGCACUUUGCCCGUGCUCACCCUCUGAUGUACAAGCCUGUGUAUCCAGUGCACCGCCAGCCUGUGCUGGUGAAAACCAACCUGCAACAACGGCUGCGUCAGAUCGUGGUGGAUCGGGUGGAAGCAGAGGAUGGGCAGUAUGAUGUCAUGUUCCUGGGGACAGAUGCUGGCUCCAUUCUGAAGGUCAUAGCCCUGCAGAAGGGAAACUUUGCAGCUGCUGAAGAAGUCAUUCUGGAGGAGCUGCAGGUUUUUAAGGCUCCUACUCCCAUUACUGACAUGGAAAUCUCUGUCAAACGACAAAUGCUCUACGUGGGCUCCCGCCUGGGGGUGGCUCAGGUGAAGCUGCACCAGUGCGAGACCUAUGGCACAGCCUGUGCUGAGUGCUGCCUGGCACGGGACCCAUACUGUGCCUGGGAUGGUGUCUCCUGCACCCGCUACCAGCCAGCGGGCAAGCGCCGAUUCCGCCGCCAGGAUAUCCGUAACGGGAACCCUAUGCACCAGUGCCUGGAUCAGAACCUGACCCUGGAUGAUUUUGACAGUGCUGAGGAGAAGCUGGUCUAUGGGACAGAGCACAACAGCACCUUCCUGGAGUGUGUCCCCAAGUCACCCCAAGCAACCGUGCAGUGGUUCGUGCAGAGGCCCCAGGAUGAGCAAAGGGAUGAGGAUUUCUUGCAGGUGAAGACUGAUGAAAGGAUCCUGAAGACAGAGCAGGGGCUGCUGUUCCGGAAGCUGUACCGCCAGGACGCUGGCACCUACUACUGCAAAACUCUGGAGCACGGCUUCACCCAGACCAUCACCAAGAUUGCGCUGGAGGUGAUCGAGAGUGAGCAGCUGGAGCAUGUCUUCCAGCGGGAGGAUGAGCCAGUACGCCCGCCCUGCCUGGUGCCAGAGCCACGUCUGCCACAUGGGCAGAGGGCAUGGUUCAAGGACAUAAUGCACCUUAUUGGCUAUGCCAAUCUGCAGCGGGUAGAAGAGUACUGCGAGCGGGUGUGGUGCAGCGACCGGCAGCGCCGCAAGGGCAAGCUCUCCAAGGGCAAAAAUGCACUUGUCAUCCCAGACACCACCAAGAAAGGAAGGAGCAAGCAGCACAGUGAGAGGAACCGCAUGCCCAGGCAGGCUGUGGCCACAUAAGAGUUUUUAGGGAAGGGGUGGGGGGUGGGACAUGGGACUGGGGUGACCAGUGUGGAACAUCCCCUCCCCAUAAACGAGGAUCAGCCCACCCGGGAGUGGUGUCCAGGCUGUUCUGACAACAGGACUCGCCAAGCCAGCAUGACUGGGCCUGGAGACAUCAGCCCCCAGAGGCCCAUGGCAACUGCUUGCCACCUUCAUCUCCAGCACCAAAGGCAGCUUGGGGAGCCUCCUCUGACCACCGAGCAUGCAUUCCCCACCCUGCUCCGCCAUGCCUCCUGCUUGGCAGCACCUUGCUUCCGACCUGGUUGUAGGUGCAUGGAAGGUCCUAGUGGUAUUCAUCACAACAGUGGGAAGUCCCUGGCUAUCUGAGCACAUCCCCCAAGAUAGAGGGCUGCCCCUGAGAGACAUGAUGCUCAGGAGGACGGUGUGGCAGAACAAAGCAAAAUGGACAGGCGGAAAACGUGGUGGACAGUGCACGUGGGGCUGAGAGAGAAGCAGCGUUGUUUCUAAUGGACAGAGCAAUGGACUGGGACUCUGGUAACCUGUGUUCUCUACUGCUGGCCUCUUGGGUGACCUUGAGCAAGUCACUUCCCGUCUUUGUGCCUCAGUUUUCCCAUCUGUAAAAUGUGGAUAAUGCUCUUGACCUCUUUUGUAAAGUACUUUGAGACCUGCUGGUGGCAAGCAUUGUAUAAGAGUGCAGUACUGUUCUUGUGGUGGUUCAUUGAGGUAGGCUGCUAUUGCUGAUGAGAGGGAAGGGAAGAGCCCUGCUGGGUGCACAGUGCUGGGAUGGCCUGUGGGGUCAGAACAGAGCUUCUGCCAGGGUUGGGACAGACCGGCUGGGCUCCCUCAAGCAGUGCAGCACAGCCUGUUCCUGAACAACCAGCAGGUGAAUCACUUUGCAGUAGGGUGUGGUUUCCUGCUCUGAAGUCUCCCAUGACGCAGUGCGAGCUGGGGAGAAGGUAUCACCAGGCAGCUAUGGACAUUACGGGCCUUCCAUGGGAACUUUGUUGACCUCUCUGCUCCGCUGUGGCACUGGCAGAAUGGAGGUCCCAGGCAUUAGCUUUGCAUGUGGCCUGCUGCCACGUUUAUCCAGCCCUGGACCCCACUCCUGCACGGUGUCAUGGCAACAGUCACCCAGGUACAGGACCCCCCCCACACACACAUAUACACACGGUGUCAUGGCAACAGUCACGCAGCCACAGAACCUCCCUCUUGUUCAGGUGAGCAUGGACCUCCCUCCCCCCACACACACAGCAUCAUGGCAGCCUUCAUCCUGCCGAGGAACCCCCUCCUGCUUGGUGUCACAGCAACAGGCGCCCGACUACGGGAUGUUCAGGACCUGUGACCUGGAGCUGAAAGGCUCUGUCUGUCUCCGCUGAUCCCCUGGGCUCAGCGCUCUCCCUCUCCUCAGCCGACUCACUUAACCUAGUGCCUGCUGAAUGAAAUCCAUCAGCUUUCUGAACAAAUAAACCAACCCUCGCUCUGGGGGCUGGGGCUUGGAGUCAGUUCUCUCUUUGUUUUUGCUGCCGGGGAGGGGGGUAGCAGGGAUGAUGAAAGGUCUCUCAGUGAGCGCUGCUUGCCAUUAAUAGCUGUUUCCAAAACACGUUUCCAGCUGGGCUCUGGGGCUGAAGCUGAUUGAGUUUUUCCAAACCUAUAGAGGACAAUGUAGGUUUUCAUCAGAGAAGGCAGCAGAAAUCAAAGGGCCAGCAUUCAAUCCCCAGUGGUUUUUUCCUUUGGGAUCACUCAGGAAUAAUGUAGCCAGUCUCCACCCAAAACAGACUACUUGCCCUCAUCUGCCCUCCAGCCCUUCUGAUACACUCAGCCAGUUCAUGCCUUGAGGGGAGGAGGGGAGUAUAUCACAUGCUCUGUACUGCAGCUACGUAUUUACUACCACCCCUGGCUGGGUGGAAAUCAUAGCUUCAGACUCUUUGCUACAGCUGAGAUCCAAUCAACACAGCAGAGAGGGGGAGCCAGGCAGGCAGUGCUAGAAAUUCUCUGCUUGGCAAGGCCCUGGUGCCUAUUAGAGCAGCAGAGGAGCUACUCCGUUUGCCACCUAUGUGAUGGGCUUUCUUGCAUACCUACCAGCCUCCAGCUUCUUUACUAUUCAUUCCAUCCAGGAAGAGCACACGCCAACUACAGAUGCUUCCUCAGCCUGACGAAGGGUAUUUAUACCCGAAAGCUUGCAAAGAAGAAUUUUUCCAACUAUUUG